CACGCAAGCCGUUCAGCCAUCAGUCAAUCUGUAAAUUUCGCCCGAGGCGGUUUUAUUAGUGCUUCAUUCGUUGCGGCAAGCACGUUUCGCGCGUGACUUUAUACUUAUCAAGGUCUUAAAAAUAGGCAGACAUGGCGGACAGCACGAAAAUAGAAAAUAACCCUAAAAUCCUAUCUGGGCCAGUUCUAACAAACUCGCCUAAUGCUGUGUUAUCAAAAACCUUGCUUAACCGGUACCAAGACCUACCACUGCCAGCAGAUAAAAUUAUUGCCACAUACAUUUGGAUCGAUGGCACUGGAGAGCACUUGCGGUGCAAGGAUCGUACCAUCGGAUUCAUUCCAAAGCAGCCAAAAGAUCUUCCGGAGUGGAACUUUGACGGUAGUUCCACUGGACAGGCUGAAGGCCACAAUGCUGAUACUUACCUUACUCCGAGGGCUAUUUACAAGGAUCCCUUCAGACGAGGAAACCACAUCCUUGUUAUGUGUGAUACAUAUAAAUACAACAUGAAACCUACUGAAACAAACAACCGCAUUAAAUGCCAAGAAGCGUACGACCAAUGCGAGGCUGAGGAACCGUGGUUCGGGAUUGAACAAGAGUACAUUCUUCUGGACGCAGACCUGAGGCCCUUCGGUUGGCCUCCUGGCGGCUGCCCUCCCCCUCAGGGACCUUACUACUGCGGCGUCGGGGCCAACAAAGUCUUCGCAAGGGAUCUCGUCCAGGCUCACUACAUCUGCUGUCUGUACGCUGGUGUUCCGAUUUCUGGCACUAACGCGGAAGUGAUGCCAUCUCAAUGGGAGUUCCAAGUUGGUCCGUCUGUGGGUGUCACCGCCGGAGAUGACCUCUGGAUAGCCCGCUACCUAUUACACCGUUUGGCUGAGGAGUACGGUGUUAUUGUAACCUUUGAUCCCAAACCUGUAGCUGACUGGAACGGCUCUGGUGCACACACUAACUUCUCCACGAAGAAAAUGAGAGAAGAGAACGGUAUUAUUGAAAUCGAGAAGGCGAUAGACAAGCUGUCCAAGGUGCACAUGAAGCACAUUAAGGUGUACGAUCCUCGCGGAGGCAAAGACAACGAGCGCCGUCUCACCGGUCUGCACGAGACCGCCAGUAUUAACGACUUCAGUGCAGGAGUCGCAAACCGCGGCUGCAGCAUCAGAAUACCGCGUGCAGUGGCUGAAGAAAAGAAAGGCUACCUGGAGGACCGUCGGCCAGCAUCCAACUGUGAUCCCUACUCUGUCAUCGACGCACUCAUGCGUACUUGCAUAUUGAAUGAAUAACAUGAAAGUGAUAGCAAUGCCGCCUUUAAACGCGUUAGCUAGCGCCUUCCCACUUGAAUAUGUCACGGAAAUUUCCUGUAGAUUUUCCCGAAUCUACAAAUAAGUAUCGCACAUAUAUUUAAUAUUAGACUUGUAUUAAUUUUUAUACAUUUUUUGUAACUCUGAUCAAUUAACGGUGUUCCAUAAUUUAAUAGAAAUAUAGAAAUAUUGUGUAUGUAAAUAAUAUUUCUUUAAUAAAUUACUAAUAUUUAGACUGUUAAAGCAUCUCCAUACAAAUGCACAAAAUUUAUAAUCUAAGGUCAAAAAACAUUCCAAAGGCAGCUUAUGUGCUAGGCUAGCGACUAGCGUGGUAAAGGUAGCAUAUUAUCGGACCACAUAAGAUAUUAUAAAUAAUUAUAGAGGAUAUUUUACGAAUAUUAUGUGAUAUUUAAAGGUUAAUUAUUAUUGUUAUUUUCAUAUCAUAGUCUACGCAUAAUAAUCACAUGUCAUUACAUAUAUUAUCGAACAAUUUUAUCAUGUCGUCUUAUAUCAAGUUAGGCUUAGUUUAGUAUAUAAUCAAAUAACUUAGAAAAAUUAAGUGGUACACACAAUUAUAACUUCAAUUAUUGUCAAUCUAUAGAAACUUUAUACUAUGCUGUGCUAUACAAACAGGACCUUAUUAAUCUUCCAUUUUCUAUUAUAUUGUAUCAGUAUUAACUGUUUCCGAUAAU